UCAUCACUACCACUAUAUAGCCCUGGACUGUUCAGUCAUUGUUGUGUGUAACUGUUAGCGUCGUGUCGUUUACUUGCUCCUUGUUUUUCUCAUUGUUAAGUAAACCUUUACCUUGUUGAUUCCUGCGUCUGCGUCCUGCCUCUUCGUAUCCUCCGUACUCGUCACAAUGAUACUGAACCAUGCUCUUCUCUCAUUAAACCUUGAGAGAUGUCAUUGUGUUAGGGAAGGUGACAUGUGUGCUCUCAAUCUGCCAAGCAGGAGAACUCACUGGGGAGAGCAGUGUUAUUUAUGUGUUAUUUAUGCUAGCUAUUAAAGCGCAGUGUUGUGCAGUGUUAGUGUUAUCCUAGCUAAUUUAGAUGCUCCACAGUGGUGAUUUUACGCUAGUUAAAUGCUCUACAGUUGUACGCUAGCUAGAUGCUCCAAAGCCACCUGUUAUUUUGCCUCAGGCCCUACUGCCAGUCACUGCAGACCCCCAAAUACACGCCUACACACAUCAGCUCCCCAAAUACCCAUGGUAGAGCAAAAUGAUUACACACCAUACACACGCUAGUCUAGAGCAAGAACACUACUCACAUCAUACACACGCUAAAGCAAAAUAACUAUACACCAAAUACUGUACACGCUAUAGCAAGAUUACUUACUACCAAAUACAGUCUAGAAUUAGCAUAUUGUGACGGCCCUGAAUUUGUCUGAACCGUCUCAGGGGCGCUUCCCCUUUAAUUCCCUAUUAAAUUGACCACAUCAGUUGAGCAAAAGUGGGUUGUGACAGUUGUGCGAAUGAGGACUUGGUCAACCCUCUGUUCCGAAGCUCCUUUACUCUGUUUGUUUUGUUGUAUUUAAAGUGUGCUUGGUAGCCUUGUCUCAAGGUUAACCAGGACAGGAUCCACUAAUUUCUUCCUUUGGACUACACAUCUCAGUUGGUCUUUCUCUGCUGGAGAUCUGUUUAAUUGUCUGACUGACCACAACUUUGUUGCAUAAGAGGGAAGACGGCAGGAGGGCGUGGACCUGAGCGAAAGAGAGAGAAAAAAAGGAGAGAGAAACAAGGGAAAAAUAUAGAAGAAAAGGAAGUGAAGACCGUCUGAAGACAACAGAGAAAUAGAGAGAAAGGGAGAGAGAAAGGGAGAGAGAGAGGCAGAUAGAUACACAAGCUCGCUCGGCAGGAGUGUGUGCAGAUUGCCCUCUGUGUGCGUUUUGUGUGUGUUGAGCAGGUGGGACUUUGAUGGGACAGUGAGCAAUGCCUCACACGCAGCGACAGCAGGUUGGCAGUAGGGGGCGACGCACCCCUCUCCUCCUCCUCCUCCCUCUCUUCUCCCUCCUCCUAUCCCACACUCCCCAGCUCAGCCAAGCAGCUAUACACAUACCAUCCAACUACCAAAUAAGUGAAUUUAAGAAGCCCCCAGUGAUAACCACCCAGCCUGAGUCCAUCACUGUGUUCGGUGCUGAAGACAUCCUCCUGACCUGCGAAGCAUCAGGAAACCCUCCUCCAGAGUUCCGUUGGAAAAAGGAUGGGUUGGAAUUUAUCCCAGCCAAUUACCCGGGCCUGUCGAUGUCUCCGGGUUCCGGAACCUUCAUGACAACAGGGGCAGGGUCAGAAUCCAUGAGCCAAUACCAGGGCAAAUACAGCUGCUACGCUGAUAACGAGCUGGGCACGGCUGUCUCUAACGAGGUCCAGCUCAUCACUGAGAACACCCCGGCCCUCCAGAAAGAGAAGAAGGUGAAAAAGAAGGUGGAAGAAGGAGAGAGUGUGAUACUGAAAUGUAACACUCCCUUCAGCACUGUUCCUCCUGUCAUCCACUGGAUGGACAAGAGACUCCGUCACAUUGAGCUGAAUGAUCGUGUGACCCAGGGCCGGGACGGGAACCUCUACUUCUCCCACGUUACAGCUGACGACAACCGUAACGACUACACCUGUAACGCCCAGUACCUCAGUGCUCGCACCAUUCUCUCCAAGGAGCCCAUCAGCCUCACCGUAACCACCUCUAACUCAGUGGUGCGGAACCGAAGGCCCCAGAUGAUGAGGCCCUCAGGGGCCCACAGCACUUACCACACCCUCCGGGGCCAGAGCCUGGAUCUAGAGUGCAUCGUCCAGGGCCUCCCUACUCCUACGGUCCAGUGGGUGAGGAAGGACGGUCAGCUGUCCGAGUCUCGUACGUCCAGAGAACUGUCUGACCGCCUGCUGCGCUUCAGUAACAUCUCAGAGAGCGACGGGGGAGAGUACCAGUGUUCAGCCGACAACUCACAGGGCAAGGUCACACACACCUACACCGUCAGCGUCGAAGCUGCUCCGUACUGGACCAAGGAGCCAGUGAGCCAGCUUUAUGCCCCAGGAGAGACAGUGAGACUGGACUGUCAGGCCGAUGGCAUUCCCUCUCCUUCUGUCGCCUGGAGCAUGAAUGGAAAUCCCAUCACAGGUAUAGACCUGGACCCCAGGCGUACUGUGAGAGAUGGAACUCUGAUUCUGAGAGAUGUGGUCUUCACUGAUACAGCAGUCUACCAGUGUCAGGCCCACAACAAACACGGAACCAUCCUAGUCAAUACCUACAUAUUUGUCAUCGAGCUGCCUCCUCAGAUCCUGAGUGCGGACGGACAGACGUACACCGUCAUAGAGGGACAGAAGGCUGUUCUACACUGUCAGACCUUUGGGUCUCCCAGACCUAAAGUUACAUGGGAGGUGGACAUUGACGCUUCUCUACUGGCUGACCCCAGGGUUAACCUUCUGACCAAUGGAAACCUCCAGAUCACCAACGUCUCCCACGGCGAAGAGGGCAUGUACACCUGCUCCAUCAGCAACACCAACAUGUCAAUCAACGCCAAGCUGGAGGUGCUGAACAGGACAGUGAUCCUGUCUCCUCCCGGGUCUCUGCGUGUUCAGCCUGGGAAGACGGCCAUAUUUACCUGCCUGGGUCAGGUGGAUGCCAAACUGACCCCCCCACACAUCCAGUGGAGGAGGAGUGGACACAAACUCUUCCAAUCAUACGCGGAGGACAAGUACACGUUUGAGGGCCCAGACCUGAUCGUGGCCAACGUGCAGACAGAGGACGAGGGGGUUUACGUCUGUGAGGUCAUCACAAACCUGGAUAUGGCUGAGGCCAGCGGAUCCAUCACGCUAGUCGACCGUCCGGAUCCCCCGACCCAGCUCCAGAUCUCUGACCCUAAAGACCUCAGCGUGACUCUCAGCUGGACCGCUGGAGAUGACCACAACAGCCCUGUCAUAGAGUUUCUGGUGGUGUUUGAGGAUCAUGUUUCUAAGGAGCGGAGUUGGGAGGAGCUGAAAAGUGUUAGUGGGACCAAAGAGAGCGUGACCCUUGCCCUGCAGCCCUACAUGUCCUACCGCUUCCGGGUCAUCGCCAUCAACGACAUUGGGAAGAGUGACCCCAGCACGCCUUCUGACCUUCACAGCACGCCACCUCAAGCUCCAGACAACAACCCUGAGGAUGUGAGGAGUGAGUCUACAGACCCAGACACCCUGGUCAUCACAUGGGAGGAAAUGGACAGGCGUGAGUUCAACGGACCAGAGUUCCACUACAAGGUGUUCUGGAGGAGGGUACUAGGUGACGGCCCCACCUGGCACUCUAAUGUCACCACUGAGCCACCGUACAUCGUUACUGAAGUGGGCAACUUCUCAGCCUUCGAGAUCAAAGUACAGGCUGUCAAUCAGAAAGGGGCGGGACCUGAGCCAGACCCUGUCAUUGGCUACUCCGGAGAGAAUGUCCCCCUGGAGGCUCCUAUGGAUGUGGGUGUGGUGCUACUCAACAGUACAGCCAUCAGGGUAACAUGGGCAGCAGUGGACAGAGAUACUGUCAGAGGACACCUACUGGGAUAUAAGAUCCACCUGACAAGGUUCGGCUCCAGGGGCCACCACCGGGGCCGGAGGGCCAGAGAGCCAGAGAGCAGCAUGGUGGUGGAGACAGGGGCCAACGAGGAGAAGAGGGUCCUGGGGGGCCUUAGACCCUACUCCCACUACACCCUCACUGUCACUGUGUUCAACAGCAAGGGAGAGGGGCCCCCCUCCGACCCCCCCCUGUCCUUCAAUACCGACGAGGGAGCUCCUGGCCCCCCCAUGUCUCUCCACCUGGACAGCCCUGCAGAGACACAGAUGACCCUCCACUGGACCCCCCCUGCUCAGCCCAAUGGGGUUCUCAAAGGAUACCUGCUGCAGUACCAACAGAUCGUGGAGAGUGAUGACAGCCCGGUGCAGGUGGAGACCAUAGACGACCACACGCUGACGAAAUUGACCCUGAAGCAGUUGGACCCCAAGAGCCGUUACCGCUUCUACCUGAGGGGGCGCACCUCGGCCGGGGACGGAGAGCCCAUCACAAGGGAGGGCGCUACAACGCUGGACGGAGCUCCUCCGUCCAACAUCAGCUUGUCUGUAGGAGAGAAGUCUGUUAACCUGAGCUGGGUGCCAGGCCAGAGACACAGGAGUGUGGGCUUCCAGGUCCAGUACCUCAACAAGAACAGCGGUGGAAAGUGGAAGCAGUCUGAGAAGCUGAACUCGUCCCAGUCGUUCUACCAGCUGAAGGGUCUAACCCCAGGAUCACAGUACCGGCUCAGAUUCACCUUCAGCAACAACACCUUCUGGGAGACAGAGAUCAGGACCGAGGGAGCAGCAGUGGUGGAUGUGCAGUCAGGUUUCGCUACUCAGGGCUGGUUCAUUGGGCUCGUGAGCGCCAUCGUGCUGUUGCUGCUGGUACUGCUCAUCCUCUGCUUCAUCAAGAGGAGCAAGGGGGGAAAGUAUUCAGUCAAAGAUAAGGAGGAGGGUCAGGUAGACUCUGAGGCGCGCCCUAUGAAGGAUGAAACAUUCGGAGAGUACAGAUCUCUAGAAAGCGAUAACGAGGAGAAGCGAACAGCCAGCCAGCCGUCUCUGUGUGAUGAGAGUAGGCUGUGUACCAGUGAGGACAACCUGGAUGGUUACAACAACGGCAGCAGUGCUGUCACCGAGGUGAACAUGGAGGACUCCCUGGUCAGCCAGUACAGCCGGCCCAGCGAAGCCACCCCGGACCCGGGUACACUGCAGGACAGCUCCCCCCUCAACCCCACCACCACCACCCCAACACCCACCACCAACGACCUGCCCAACUCGGCGGCCAUUUAGAUUAGACUAAAGUAAGAGGCCGCCAUUUUAGAUUUAAGGUUACUAAGGUUACAGGACUGUCUGUCAGACCAAAACAUCUCUGUCAACAACGUGUCAACUAUAACAUGUCAACGAUACAAACAUACCCACAGCCCACACACUUCUAGCUAUCUAUAAUACAUGGGCUUAUCUACUCGACUGACUUUUCCAUCGAUAUGCUCACUGACUAUGAUCAAUAUACUACUGACCAUUUGGAUACAUCUGUUAUUCAAUAGGGGAGAGUGGGGUAAAUUGAGCCAUUUUUUACAUUCAGAAUCACUCCGUCAAGGGAACUAUAGUCUUCUUUCUAACAAAGAUAUCUACAUAUAUUUCAGGAUGUAGUGUAUCUCUGGAAAUAAUCCAAAUUAAUUAAUUAACAUGACAGUUUUGAAAACAGCGUGUCCAAAAAAGUGGUCUCUUGUCACAGCUUACCCAGGAUAUUGGAUAUGUUGAGCCACGGGACACGGUAAAUUUAAGGCACCUACAAAUUCCUGUACUGAAUAACAAAAUGACCACUACCUUUUUAACUUCCUUUCCCAAACCCAAUUCAACACAAUCACAAUAGUUUUUUUGUCUUUUAGUCUUUUAAAAGAUGCCCUAUGCAGAAAUCGCUCCGCCA